GGGGAAUCGCUCUUAAUCUUGCGUUUACUUAAGUCUCUGCAGGCGCACGAUCAGUAUAAAUUAAGAGACGACAGACGUUGCCUCUGAAUACAAAAUCGAUCUCACGCGUAGUUAGCAUACAUAUCUGCACCCACAAAGCUAGGCAAGCUAGCCGAUCGGCGCAAAGAUGAGCUCGAGCUUAUUAGUGGCAGCUUGCGCCGUCUCUUUUGUGCUGCUGUGCUCGGCUGCUACGUCCCCAGCAUCGGCUGCAGUCUACGGAGUUGGCGGAGGGCUCUUGUCUAUCCCUUCUAAUGAUUCCCUGGCUCAUUGCCCCUCUCGUUGCGGAGAUGUUGGCAUCGACUACCCCUUCGGGAUAGCGCCGGGCUGUUUCCGGGAAGGCUUCGAGCUCAUCUGCCGCAACACCGCCAAAACUCCUAAGCUCUUUCUGGGUGAUGGUACUACUGAGAUCACAGACUUGGGUUAUAGGUAUGUUUUGGCCCAGAUAUACUUCAACAUUACGGUGAGACCAGGUACGGAUACCUACAACAUAUCCUGGGUGGCCCCAACAGAGGGUAUUACUAUUGAUCAUUACAACACAUUUUACGUUAUCGGUUGUAAUUUCGAUGCUACCUUGUUCGAGUAUGGCACGGAGGACCUCAUAGGUUCUUGCAUGAGUAGAUGUGAUGGUGAAAAGGCACCAAUAGGAGGGCCUUGUAAUGGGAUGGGAUGCUGUUUCAUCGAGUUACCAAGGGUCUUGCGGGGCUUUCAGUCAACCAUAAUUCUUCGGUCGGAUGGCAUUCCUGUAGCACAAACAGAUCCAGUGCACCCUGGAAUCAUGGCUUUCAUGUCAUCGGACUAUUAUAUAUCAAACACAAGUGACCUUUUCUUAGGUUGGACAAACACAAGUAAUGUUGAAGGCACAGUACUUUCUUUUGCUACCAUAGAUCAACCAAGCUGUGAACGCGCGCGCAUGAACAACACAAGUUAUGCGUGUAGCCCUGGCAGCAAUUGCCGGAAUGUGUCAUCUGGAGGUUAUCAUUGUUACUGCUCUGGUUAUGAACAGGGGAAUCCUUACCUUCUAGAUGGAUGCACGGAUUACAACCCCAAAUAUAAAGAACACUGUUCAACAUCCUGUGGAGACAUGAAGAUUCCUUUCCCUUUUGGAGUCGAAGAAGGUUGUUUUGCUAACGAAAGGUUUAGACUUAAUUGUACAGAAGGUAACCUAACUGUUUGCGAAUUAGGAGAAGCACAAUAUCAUGUGACUGCUGUGUCUUUGGAUGAUGGGACUCUAACUGUCGGAAACAUGAUGAAUGACACAAACUACGAGAAAGAGGCGAUAAUUGUUCAGACCACAGAUACUGGCCGUGAUUAUUCAUUCUCAGGCCCUGUGGAAGAUAGAUUUGAUCUCUCUAUGGAAUACGCCAUUGUUAUAAGAUGGGCAGUUACCAACUUAACUUGUGAAGUAGCUGUGCAGAAGAACACUACAUACGCAUGCCGCAGUAGCCACAGCUACUGCCUGAACGUCACCCACAGGAAAGAGUUCAUGGGAUAUCGUUGCAAGUGUUCUCCCGGUUUUGAAGGAAACCCAUACAUCGAGGAUGGCUGCACAGACAUCAAUGAAUGCUUACUGCCAAACUAUUGCAAUGGCACGUGUCAAAAUUUACUUGGAAAUUAUACAUGCACAAGCUGCCCGCAUAGAAAAGAGUUUGAUCCAAUCAAAAAGAAGUGUGUUACAUCAGCAAAGCAACGCAAUCUUCUUUUAGGUAUUGCAAUUGGAAUUGGUUGUGGUCUUGGCUCCAUAGUUAUCGUGUUGGGGGCAAUGAUACUUGCCAAUAAGUGGAGGAAAGGCAUCCAAAAGAGAAUACGGAGAGCAUAUUUCAAGAAAAAUCAAGGCCUACUCUUGGAGCAACUAAUCUCAAAUGAAAGCGCCACAAACAAAACGAAGAUAUUUUCCUUGGAAGAACUAGAGGAGGCAACCAACAACUUUGAUGGAACUCGUGUUCUUGGACGUGGAGGACAUGGCACAGUUUACAAAGGCAUUCUAUCUGACCAGCGUGUGGUGGCCAUUAAAAAAUCAAAAAUCGUUGAGCAAACUGAGAUAGAUCAAUUUAUCAACGAGGUUGUUAUCUUAUCUCAAAUUAUCCACCGCAAUGUGGUAAAGAUUUUUGGUUGUUGUCUUGAAUCUGAGGUGCCACUGCUGGUUUAUGAAUUCAUAUCGAAUGGCACACUGCAUGACCACCUUCAUACCGAUCUUAGUGUUAGAUGCUCGCUGUCAUGGGAUGAUCGCAUUAGGAUUGCUGUAGAAGCAGCAGGGGCACUUUCCUAUCUGCAUUCAGCUGCUGCAAUACCAAUUUUUCAUAGAGACGUGAAAUCUUCCAAUAUUCUCUUAGAUGGCAGCUUUACUACAAAGGUCUCUGAUUUUGGUGCUUCAAGAUCUGUUUCACUUGAUGAAACUCAUGUGGUGACUAUUGUCCAAGGCACAUUCGGUUAUCUAGACCCAGAGUAUUAUCAUACUGGACAACUAACUGAAAAAAGUGAUGUAUAUAGUUUUGGAGUGAUACUUGUGGAACUUCUAAUAAGAAAGAAACCAAUUUUCAUUAAUGAGGCAGGUGCAAAACAAAGCUUGUCUCAUUACUUCGUUGAAGGACUUCAAGAGGGCUCUCUAAUGGAAAUAAUAGAUCCUCAGGUUGUUGAAGAGGCAAACAAGGAAGAGAUCGAUGGAAUUGCCUCGCUUACAAUGGCAUGCUUGAAAGUUAAAGGAGUAGAUAGACCUACUAUGAAAGAAGUAGAGAUGAGGCUGCAGUUCCUGAAAACUAAGAGGCUAAGAAAAUUCCAACUGCUCCCAGGAAAUGAUGGAGAAAUCGAGCACCUUUUAAGCCCAAAUACUAGUAACUCUUAUGCACAGAAUAUUUAUACAAAUGCUGGUGAUUUAACAUCUGAAGGAAUCCCAGGUUCUGGUUGCUACAGUCUGGAGCAAGAAUUAUCAUCUUCAAUUAGUUUGCCACGCUAAUUAGGUAUACCACGGUGAAGUGAUAUCUGAUAUGCUUUGUAGUUCCGUUCUGAACAGGGUAUGCUGUAUUGUUUUAUUUCCUGUGUGUAAUUUUAGGUUACAGUACGUAUGGAUAGCCCACGCCUGUUGUAUAUUACUAUCAUUAUUUGUGAGGAAUAUAUGGUUGUAAGGGAUUAAUUAAGGCCAGGUGGCAAAGACAAAAAUUUGUAUAAUCAUGAACAGAUCCAUUCAGUAAUAAUUUCAUAACUCCAUUUCCAGUUGCUUACGCAGUA